AUGGUGGGGAACGACUGGAUCAACAGCUACCUGGAGGCCAUCCUGGACGCGGGGGGCGCCGCGGGGGAGAUCUCGGCCGCCUCAACGGCGCCCGGGGGCGGCGGCGACGCGGCGGAGAAGAGGCGGGACAAGUCGUCGCUCAUGCUGCGGGAGCGCGGCCGCUUCAACCCGGCGCGCUACUUCGUGGAGGAGGUCAUCUCCGGCUUCGACGAGACCGACCUCUACAAGACCUGGGUCCGCACGUCGGCGAUGAGGAGCCCGCAGGAGCGGAACACGCGGCUGGAGAACAUGUCCUGGCGGAUCUGGAACCUCGCCAGGAAGAAGAAGCAGAUUGAAGGCGAGGAAGCCUCCCGCUCAUCGAAGAAACGUCUUGAGCGUGAGAAGGCCCGUCGAGAUGCAGCUGCUGAUUUGUCUGAGGACCUAUCUGACGGAGAAAAAGGAGAACAUAUUAAUGAAUCAUCUAUUCACGCUGAGAGUACAAGGGGACACAUGCCAAGGAUAGGUUCAACUGAUGCUAUUGAUGUUUGGGCAAAUCAGCACAAAGAUAAAAAACUGUACAUAGUGCUAGUAAGCAUUCAUGGUCUUAUACGUGGUGAGAAUAUGGAGCUUGGGCGUGAUUCAGAUACAGGUGGCCAGGUCAAAUAUGUUGUAGAGCUUGCUAGGGCGUUAGGUGAAACACCUGGAGUAUAUAGAGUGGAUCUGCUGACAAGGCAGAUUUCUGCACCUGAUGUUGAUUGGAGUUAUGGGGAACCUACAGAGAUGCUGAGUCCAAGAAAUUCAGAGAAUCUUGGGGAUGACAUGGGUGAAAGCAGUGGUGCUUAUAUUGUCAGGAUACCAUUUGGGCCAAGAGAAAAGUAUAUCCCUAAAGAGCAGCUCUGGCCCCACAUCCAGGAAUUUGUUGACGGUGCACUUGUCCAUAUCAUGCAAAUGUCCAAGGUUCUUGGAGAACAAGUUGGCAAUGGCCAACCAGUAUGGCCUGUUGUUAUCCAUGGACACUAUGCUGAUGCAGGCGAUUCUGCUGCUUUAUUAUCUGGGGCACUCAAUGUGCCAAUGGUCUUCACAGGUCAUUCUCUUGGCAGAGACAAGUUAGAGCAACUUCUAAAGCAAGGGCGUCAAACCAGGGAUGAAGUAAAUGCAACAUACAAGAUAAUGCGACGGAUUGAGGCUGAGGAACUUUGUCUUGAUGCAUCUGAAAUUGUAAUCACUAGCACUAGGCAAGAGAUAGAUAAACAAUGGGGAUUAUAUAAUGGAUUUGAUGUGAUUAUGGAGAGGAAACUUAGAGCAAGAAUAAAGCGUGGUGUUAGCUGCUACGGUCGUGAAAUGCCUCGUAUGAUUCCAAUUCCUCCUGGUAUGGAGUUCAGCCAUAUAGUGCCUCAUGAUGUUGAUCUUGAUAGUGAAGAAGCGAAUGAAGUUGGCUCAGAUUCACCAGAUCCACCUGUUUGGGCCGAUAUAAUGCGCUUCUUCUCGAACCCUCGCAAGCCCAUGAUUCUCGCUCUUGCUCGUCCAGAUCCCAAGAAGAACAUCACUACGCUGGUUAAGGCAUUUGGUGAACACCAUGAACUGAGAAAUUUAGCAAACCUUACGUUGAUCAUGGGUAACCGUGAUGUUAUUGAUGAAAUGUCAAGCACAAAUGGAGCUGUUUUGACAUCAGUACUCAAGUUAAUUGACAAGUAUGAUCUAUAUGGGCAAGUGGCAUACCCCAAGCACCAUAAGCAAUCUGAAGUUCCAGAUAUUUAUCGUCUAGCGGCAAGAACAAAGGGGGUGUUUAUUAACUGUGCUUAUAUUGAACCUUUUGGGCUCACCUUGAUCGAGGCUGCUGCUUAUGGUCUACCUAUGGUUGCUACCCAAAAUGGUGGGCCUGUCGAUAUACACCGGGUUCUUGACAAUGGCAUUCUUGUUGAUCCCCACAAUCAAAAUGAUAUAGCUGAGGCACUUUAUAGACUUGUUUCUGAUAAGCAAUUGUGGGCAAAAUGCCGUCAGAAUGGUCUGGAUAAUAUCCAUCGAUUUUCUUGGCCUGAACAUUGCAAAAACUAUUUGUCACGGGUUGGUACGCUCAAGUCUAGACAUCCACGAUGGCAAAAGAGCGAUGAUGCUACUGAAGUUUCUGAAACAGAUUCACCUGGUGACUCUUUGAGGGAUAUUCAUGAUAUAUCACUUAACUUGAAGAUCUCCUUGGACAGUGAAAAAUCAGGCAGCAUGUCAAAAUAUGGAAGGAGUUCAACCAGUGAUAGGAGAAACCUUGAGGAUGCUGUACAAAAAUUUUCAGAAGCUGUUAGUGCUGGCACAAAGGAUGAGUCUGGUGAGAAAGCUGGGGCCACCACAGGCUCCAAUAAAUGGCCAUCUCUGCGAAGGAGAAAACACAUCGUUGUUAUUGCUGUAGAUUCUGUGCAAGAUGUGGACUUGGUUCAGAUUAUCAAAAACAUUUUUCAGGCUUCAAACAAAGAAAAAUCAUCUGGUGCUCUUGGUUUUGUAUUGUCAACAUCUCGAGCAGCAUCAGAGAUACAUCCUUUGUUAACAUCUGGGGGCAUAGAAAUUACUGAUUUUGAUGCCUUCAUAUGCAGCAGUGGCAGUGAUCUUUGCUAUCCAUCUUCAAAUUCAGAAGACAUGCUUAGCCCUGCCGAGCUUCCAUUUAUGAUCGAUCUUGAUUAUCACUCUCAGAUUCAAUAUCGUUGGGGAGGAGAAGGUUUAAGGAAGACACUAAUUCGUUGGGCAGCAGAAAAGAAUAGCGAGAGUGGAAAAGAAGCAGUUGUUGAAGAUGACGAAUGUUCAUCCACUUACUGCAUUUCAUUUAAAGUGAAGAAUACUGAGGCUGUCCCUCCUGUGAAGGAUCUUAGGAAGACAAUGAGAAUUCAAGCAUUGCGCUGUCAUGUAUUGUACAGCCAUGAUGGCAGCAAGUUGAACUUCAUACCUGUUCUAGCAUCACGAUCCCAAGCACUAAGGUACUUGUAUAUAAGGUGGGGCGUAGAGCUGUCGAACAUGACGGUGGUUGUUGGUGAAAGCGGCGAUACAGAUUAUGAAGGGCUACUCGGAGGCGUGCAGAAGACCAUCAUACUCAAAGGCUCAUUUAAUUCCGCGCCAAACCAGCUUCAUGCCGCCAGAAACUAUUCGCUAGAGGAUGUCGUAUCGUUUGACAAGCCAGGAAUUGCUUCCGUCGACGGUUAUGCCCCAGAUAUCCUAAAAUCAGCUCUACAACAAUUUGGUGCCCUGCAGGGCUAG